AUGACUAGAGGUCGAGGUCGAGGUCGCGGAAGCACAGGGCGUGGAGGCAAGUCUGCAGUUAGGAGUAAUAAUGAUGUUACUACAAACGUACCUACUUUUCCCACUCCUGCUAUUGUUACUUCUCCAGCUGAUGUCAUAGUUCAAACUUCUGGUGAUGGUAGCAACCAUACAACUCCUGAAUCAUCUCCGACUGCUCUAAAUCAGAUCAACAGAACAAGAGAAGAUAUGACUCAAGGAAGAGGUACAGGUCGAGGAAGUAUAGGGCGUACGGGCAAGUCAGCAGCUAGGACUAAUAUGCCUGUUCGUACUGCAAACAUGCCUACUAUUCCCACUCCUACAGUUGCGCCACAAACAACUGGUGGCGUAGGUGCUCCAACUUCUAAUCAUGGUAGUACGUCUCCUACUACUCCAAAUCAGACCAACCCAACAACUGUAGGUACAUAUUCACAAACCAACCAAGUAGGUGAGGACAUAUCUCGUAGCAACACAAAUAGAGAAAGUAAUUCCCGUCGGAGCCAUGUCCGGACCCUUGUUACUAUAACUUCUGCAGGAUUGCAAUCUUCUAAAGUAUGCUCCAAUAGGAUAUAUGAGUCUUUCAAAAGUGAACUUGAUCACAAUGGAGUCAAUUGGAAAGGUGUCUCAUGUGACAUAAAAGAUGGCUAUUUUGGGAAAUUCAAUGCUGUUGAAAUGGGUCGAGAUCCGACACCAAGUGAGUUACAUUUGCAUGUUUACAUACAUGGUUAUGAUGGAAAAUCUUUCAUUGAUGAAUCAUAUUUCCAAGCUGUCGGAGGAGAAAAGAAGCGAAGAGUAUUUGGUCUUGGAUCUGAAGCCAAAGGCUACUACGGCCAAACUCUGUGUAUUUCUUGUGAAAAGACUUCAUCUUCAGCUUCACAUGAAUCGGUACCAGCUGCAGAUUUGGAUUUGGAUGAGUUUGUGAAGCGAUUGAUUCCCGCACUUAAAAAUUAA